CGCCAGAACAGCCGCCCAUGGGAGAACUUACUUAAGCACCCGUGAUAAUAAAAACCAUUACCACGUAUUCAAAGCCCAUUUUGAAAAACGUGUUCCAGACGCAUAUAAUAUGCAGCUUCUUGUCAUGUAUAAAAAUCUUGCCUGGUUCCCGUUAAUACAUACCUUACAAUGGCUGUGAUUCCUCAAUCUCCUCUUCUUCUUCUUCUUCCUCUUCUUCUUCUUGUGUUUGGUUCCACAGUGCCAUCUGCCUCAGGUGGGGAUGCUGUCCCUAGCUUACCAGGUUAUGGUGAUCUUCCUUUCAAGCUUGAAACUGGAUACAUUGGUGUAGGAAAGAAUAGGGAGGUGCAACUUUUCUACUAUUUUGUUGAGUCUCAAGAUGAUCCAGAGAAAGACCCUCUAAUGCUUUGGAUCAAUGGAGGCCCUGGUUGCUCUGGUCUUGCUGCAUUUUUCUUUGAAAAUGGUCCACUAGCAAUUGAUACAGAUAAUUACAUUGGAGGUGUGCCAACACUUUUUCUAAAUAGUAAUACAUGGACAAAGAACCUCAAUAUAAUAUUCUUAGAUGCACCUGUUACUACUGGAUUCUCUUACUCAACAACAGGAGCAGUAGCUGACCUUUUAAAUGAUGAUGAAUUUGCAGCAAAUAGCUAUGAAUUUAUUCAACAGUGGCUUUUGGAACACCCAAGUUUCUUGGAAAAUCCACUUUACAUGGCUGGAGAAGGGUACUCUGGAAAACCUAUCCCAAUAGUAAUACAAAGCAUUUUGGAUGGUAAUAAAGAUGAAAGUGGACCAAUUAUAAAUAUUAAGGGAUAUGCGAUGGGGAAUCCUGGAACAGACAACAAUAUCGAUUUCAAUUCAAAAUAUCCUGUUGCUCACCGAUUGGCACUCAUCUCAGAUCAACUUUUUCAGGAUGCAAAUGCAAGUUGUAAUGGUGUAUUUUUUCCUCCACCACCAAGCGGUGACACCGGCCCCUGUGCUGCAGCCAUUGAGGCCAUGGAAGAGCUAGUUUGCCGUAUACAGCCAACCCAUAUUUUACAACCUUCCUGCAGUACGAAUUGCGGAACAGCCCAACGCAGAUCCAGCGCUGAACAUCCCUUCAUCUCACUCCCUCAUGCUUCUAACACAAAAUGCAGUAAAUUUUACCAAUCCAUUACUGAAAACUGGGCGAACAAUUUAGAUGUCCAGAAAGCUCUUCAUAUUCGAGAGGGAACAAUAACUACAUGGAGUUACUGUAGCAGCUUAGACCAAAUGGGUUACAAUCAUUCAGUUUCAAGUGUUGUCGGUUACCAUCAGAAUUUCACUCACCAAGAUCUUCGAGGUUUGAUCUACAGUGGUGAUCAUGACUUCUCAAUUCCAUACAUUGCAACACAAAAAUGGAUACAAUCUCUCGAUUUGCCAUUGACUGAGGAGUGGAGACAAUGGCUUCUUCGUGGUGAAAUUGCUGGAUACACAGAGAAGUUUGAAAAUGAGAAAUUCAAUUUGACAUUUGCCACUAUAAAGGGAGCAGGCCACUUUGCUGCAGAAUUCAAACCUCAAAGUUUUGCCUUGAUUGAGAGGUGGAUGGCUAAUGAGCCUCUUUAAUCUAAUCAAAUUGUAAUACUAUGUGCAUUAGUUUGGGGUUAUGCUCUUGAAGCAAUAAGCUGCUACUUUUUUUAUGAUGCUAUAAAAUAAAAUGCUUCUAUUAUGA